AUGGGCAAGGCGGGCAGGUGGCUCCGAAGCUUCUUGCCGGGCAAGAAGGACAGAGGCAAGGACGCCGGGGACCACAAGACCGGCCCCGAGGAGACGCCGCGGUGGGUGCCGGCGUGGAGUUCGCAGGCGUCGGUGACGCCGGCGUCGACUCCGGGGGCCAAGGAGAAGAGGAGGUGGAGCUUCCGGCGGCCUGCGACGGCGGUGGGCGCCGGGCCGGGGAAGGAUGCCGCGUUCUUGGAGCCGCGGGUGCUGGACCCGGACCAGAGCGCCAUCGCGGUGGCGAUUGCUACCGCGGCCGCAGCCGAGGCCGCGGUGGCGGCCAAACAGGCCGCCGCGGCCGUCGUCCGGUACGCCGCGUCCGCGCCGGGGUCGAAGCGCACCGUCAUCGGCAUUGAGGAGGCCGCGGCCAUCAAGAUUCAGUCCGUCUUCAGAUCCUACCUGGCGAGGAAGGCGCUGUGCGCGCUCAGGGGGCUGGUGAAGCUGCAGGCGCUCGUGCGCGGCCACCUCGUCCGGCGGCAGGCCAGCCACACGCUGCGCUGCAUGCAAGCGCUCGUCGCCGCCCAGGACAGGGCACGCACGGCGCGCCUCCGCCUCCUCGACGACGUCGAGAGGCCCCUCCGCACGCCACGGAUGACGCCCACACGCCGCUCGCCGCACCAUCCCCGGCUCCGGCAGCAUCAGGAGACGGAGGAGAACAUCAAGAUCGUGGAGGUGGACACCGGGGCGGGCGACGUGCACUGCACGCCGAGGACCUCCCGGCGCAGCAGCUGCUACGCCACGCCGCUCUGCCGCACGCCGUCCAAGGUGGAGCUGUACCAGAAGGUGUCGCCGACGCCGUCGGCGCUGACGGACGCGAGCGGGCGGUCCUACAGCGGGCGGUACGAGGACUUCUCCUUCGGCACCGCGCGGGCCAGCCCGUACCACCACUACUACGCCUCGGACGCGUCGUGCAAGCAGCCGCAGCAGGGCCACGUCGCCGGCGCCGGCGCUGACGCGGACCACCCGCUCCUGUUCCCCAGCUACAUGGCGAACACGCAGUCAUCGCGCGCCAAGGCGCGGUCGCAGAGCGCGCCCAGGCAGCGCGCGUCGGUGUCGUCGGCCCCCGAGGCGGCGUCGCCGUGGGAGAGGCAGGCCAGCGGGGGCCGGCGCAGGGCGUCGCUGGAGGGUCCGGCGCAGGCCGCCGCGCGCGGGCUGGCGUCCCCGAAGGGCGGCGUGCGCGUCCAGCGGUGCCAGUCGCAGGCGAGCGCGGCGUGCCCGUGGGGCGUGAGGCUGGACAUGUCGAGCGCGUCCGUCCACGACAGCGAGUGCGGGUCGACCAGCACCAUGAGGACCGCGGCCACCAGCAUGUACUGCUGGUCGGCGGCCGCCAACAGCACCGGCGUCGCGUGA